CUGAGCGAUGGCAGUAAUUUUCGCAUUGAUAACUUGUUACAUCGCUCAUACGUUUCGUAAUUUUUAGCACAGUAGAAAGCCAGGAUAAAGGAAACUGAAGUGUUAUGAAUAACAAACAAUAUUGGAAGAUGUUGACGUAGCGCAGUGGGAGAGGUAUCACUAACUCGAUUAGGUACUCAAAUUGAGUUAUGAUUCCUUUGCAUAGGGCUCCAAUAUUUUUCUAAUUAGAAUAAAAUGUGGCACAUGGAUGUGAUGAACGGGUCCGAUUUGCCUCCAGUAAGCGAGGAUACAUUUUGUAAACACAUUUUAAAUUCGAGGAUAAAUAACUCAAGGGUCCGUAUUUGGGAUCUGAUUAUACUGAUACCGAACGCUCUGUUCGUGCUUUUCCUAGUAGUGAGGUUCAACAAGGCGCAGCUGAAGCUGCGAGCGACGAGUAGCCCUAUAUUCCUGACUUUUUAUUCGUUGGUGUGGGGCAACGUUAUAAUAAGUGUGGUGCGAUGUGCGGUGGCGAUGACGCUGAACGCGCCCAUGCCGCUGGGCGGGCAGGUGGACAAGGUGCUGUGGGUCAUGGUGAAGUUUUUUUUAUUGGCCACCGAGAUGAGUGUUGUAAUCUUCGGAUUAGCAUUUGGUCACAUGGAUAGCAGCAGCAGUAUAAGAUAUGUCUUGAUGGCAACAUCAUUCAUAUCUCUAGCUUUCACUAUAACUCAGGGAACGCUAGAGUUCAUGAAGACUGACGAUGCCACUCUGAUAGCGGGGGAUACGGACUUGUUUGAACAUGGUGGAGUGCUGUUCUGGUUCACUUUAUCGCUUGUGUUUGCGUUCAUCUAUUUUCUGAUAUUGAUAUUGCCAUGGACACCACUGAGAGAAUAUUUGGCCUUACCAACGAAACUGUCAUUCUACCUAUACAUCCUCCUACUGGCACUACUCGACGCGACGCAGGCCGCCGGCGCGGGCAUGUUACUGUGGGGCCCUAUACCCUCUGGUCUAUGCGUCGUGGACGUCACCACGUGGCUGUACUACUCUCUCUACACCCCGCUAGUCUACCACACGUUCCUGAGCGAGUUCUUCAGUGUAUCUCAGCCAAGCAUCAUGUUCUCAUACAAGGCGCAAAUGGAUGAACCUCUGGACGACGACCAAGUAUCGCUGCCGCACCAGCAAAGCUUCAGCUCUCUCAAAACGGAUUCCGAUUACAUCUACCAGCAAAGCAACAGCGUAUACGACAGCACCCUCUUCGAGGCCGGCGGCACGACCCCCAUGAAUCCCGUGUACUCCGCCUCGCUGCAGAGCCCGGACUCUAUCGCCUCCGCGCACUCCACAUAACGAUAAGGCCCUCCAAAGAUGUAGUCAUAACUUAGCGUAGGUCACCUCAAGGUUAACAAUGCGGACAAACUGCCAAAUAGAUGUAUUGACGAUAUAUAUGUUAUGGAUACAUAUUUUUGGCUUGUCCGCAUAUAUAUUUAAUACCUGUGCGGACGACGUUUUUGGGACUAGUGUGAUGUAUAUUAUUUUUGACAGAAGUAAACUCAAACCACGUGAUAGAAUAACAGUUUGAGGACCCUAAUUAGUCCAAACUGCCAAUUCACCUUAUUACAAUGGAGGUGAUGAAAGGUAUGAAAGCACUCUCUUCGAAGCCGGCGGGGAGUAAAGCCACGUUAUAAAAUGACAGUUUGAGGAACGUAAUUUGUCGAUUUGCAAUGAAUUAUUAUGAAAAAAUAUGUUUGAACUCGACUGUACAACAUUUUCUAGUAUCAAAGAGCGGUCGUAUCAUAGAGAUAAGUUACAGAUGAAAGUACCCUCUUCGAAGCCGGCGGCACGACACAUAACGAUAAGGUCCUCCAAAGGUGUAGUCUUAACAUAGCGUAGGUGAGCUCCAGGUGUUUAAUAUAGAUACAAACAGCGUGCCAAAUAUAUGUAUAGACGACAUUACGUUGAGGUUGUUGAUACAUAUUUUUGGCACUUUGUCCACAUAUAUAUUGAAAUACCUUGACUGUAGGUGCGGACGACGUUUUUGGGACUAGUGUGACGUAUUAUAUUUUUGACAAAAGUAAAACCGCGUGAUUAAAUAACAGUUUGAGGGCCCUCAUUCGUCCAAACUGCCAUUUCACCUUAUCACAAUGGAGGUGAUGAAAGGUAUGAAAGCACUCUCUUCGAAGCCGGCCGGGAGUAAAGCCACGUUAUAAAAUGACAGUUUGAGGAACGUAAUUUGUCGAUUUGCAAUGAAUUAUUAUGAAAAAAUAUGUUUGAACUCGACUGUACAACAUUUUCUAGUAUCAAAGAGCGGUCCUAUCAUAGAGAUAAGUUACAGCUGAUAAGACAGAUUUUAGUUUGAACCCAGAACCAUAUCAACAUGCAACAAAUUAGGUAUUAUAGAUGAAUUAAUCGAGCAAUUUAAAUAAAAUAUUUUUACCCCAAAAACGUUAACGUCUGCUUAGUACCAUCAUAGACAAAGAAAUAAAAAGACACACAGAGUUAAAAAUACUGUCAACGAAUUUAUCACGGUUUCUACAGCUAUACUAAAUGUCAUUGUAACUCUUUAAACAAACAUUGUGUGAAGCCAUACGGCGCCAUCAAGUUCUUUGCAAUGUCUACAAUAGUUUUAGCCGCUUUCUGUGUCUUAUUAUUUCUUGUCUAUAUAUCGUGUAACGAUUAGGUAUAAACUAGUGCUACUUAAACUUAUCUCGAUCCAUUUCUAAUAUUAUUUUCUAUUGACCAUUAUGUAAAUACAUUUAUUUUUGUGAUAUCGUGAGCCAGUGAUCAAACGAAUGACCAGACUGUGACACCGUUUCUGCUUAACUUUAACGCGGUUACACAGAUAGGCUGGAUUUAAUGUCACGCGGACCGACCGCGCGAAGAGAUCCGCACCGGACUAAUAUGUAUUACGUUCAGGGAGUGUUUUAGAGUAAAGCGGACGGGUCUGCGCGGACGACAACAUGAACUUCAUACAAAUUGGUCGCGCUGAUCGCUCCGCGUGGUCAGUCCGCGUGACACUAAAACCAGCCAUAUAUCGUAUGUGGCUCGGGUUUGAGAGCGAGAAAGGUGACAAGCUGAUAGCUUUAUCCAAAGGAUGUUUAUUUUACUGAUAAUUAGCACUAUUUCACUUAAAUAUUCACCUCAAAAAUAUCUAAGGGCAGAAAAAAAGCAUCCGUUGUAGCGAUUUUCCGCUCGCACACCGGAGUUACAUCCGCAUCUGUACACCGCGUAAUAUAAUGUUAUAUAAUGGAUCCAUCCAUGUGACAGUAGAUAUAUAUUAGCAGCUUAAGAUAAUAUGUAAACAAUGCUGUGACAUAGUGAUUAUUGUAAUCUUCAGAUGUUGGCUUUUUGCUUGAGAUUCUAUGCGCUUGGACUUUGCAAAUUCGAAACUAAACCAUUCGCUGUAGCGUAAGGUACUUAUUUAACUUUAAUAUUAAUACAGCUCACACGUCGAAGUAGAUUAGGCGAGUCCAUACAAACCGAGCAGCAGGAGGCAAUUGCGCGGCAAAUGACUUAUGUAGACGUGCCUCGGCCGACGCAACACGCUCCGUUGAGGUAAACUCGCGCGAUGCAAGACACAACUACAUUUGCCGCGCCCGAGGCAAUUGCCUCGCGACACUGCUCGCUCGGUGUGGACUGUGUACCUGGCCUAUUUCUAUUAUUUUUUGCUCAGUAUAUUGUUAUUAUUGUUUGGUAUAAUUUUACAAAAUAUUUUUUUAUUAUUUUGCUCUCCUUAAAAAGCAGUGAAACUGCGUCGAUACAUGGUCAACUUUGAAUUUAACCCAUAUUUAUCCGCCUAUAAUAUGUAGGGUAUCUGGAUAGGUACCUGUCAUUGAUAGUGUAGAUAUACGUCAUUGAUUAUGGUUGGUAAUCAUUGACAACUAGUCAGCCAUUCUAAAUCAUGUUUUCAAUGAAUUUAUUAUACUUAUUAUAUUUAUUUGUUUUUUACUGGAGGAUUACCGCGCAAUUUAGCUAUCUGAAUCUUUUCCACUCGAAUAUUACAAUUACGUAUUUUAUGCGAAUGCAAGCCCAGCCCACUAUAUGGUAUGAGUUUCAAAUUUGCAGUUAGUAAAGCAAAAUCCCAUUUCGAUUCUGAUUCUAAUCCCUCCAAUAAGAUAGGAUAGCUAUCAAGUCAAUUGAUAAAUGGUGACGCCUUUCAAAAUAUUUUAGGACAACGCUAACUUUUCUUAACCAGUUCAGUUCACUUAUAAGUGACAUAGGUCUAAAUCAAUAUAAUGGCAAUUAUUUUUUUCCUCAUUAGCACUCACUUUUGCAGUUUUAUUGCUACUUUUGUAUUGAUAUAAGGUUAAGCGUGCCAAUGAUUGUAAAUAGGCGCGUUUUAAUGUUUGUAAUGCGUAAUAUAAGUCAGAAAAAAGUGUAAAGGUUGUUGGGUGAAUAUAGCACAUAACUAAUCAUAAAAUACUGGUAAUACUAGCCUGGUUUAGUAAAUUAUUUCUAAAGAUAAAAUUUCACCUACUUGAGUAAGUAAAUUUUAAUAAACUUCUACGUUUACUUUAGAUCCAAAAAAAUGUACCUACCUGAAUGAAUGAUUAAUAAAAUAAAACUAUUUGUUCCAUGACUGUUGACAAAUAAAUACUUUUUUCUAAUAGAUUGGCAGUGAUCAGGUUGGAUAGGCCCCCAAUUUGGCUCUUUUCGGUGUAAUAAAAUUAGGAAUGAUAUUUUAAAGAGAUCUAUUGUACUCGAAAUUUAAAGGCUUAAUGGAAGAUAAUCUCAAAUUGUUAUUGUCUAGAUAUGUUUGACUAAAAUGGUUGAAUUUAUUUACAAUUACAUUAUUUGUAUACAAUCUUUUGAUCAGAGUUGCAUGAAUGUUAGAUUUAUAAGACUUAGUAUUUCUUGCGUUCAUAUCAUUUUGUUAACAUAUCUUGAUUGUUACGUAGUUAAAAUCAAAGCAAUAGAUAUAUUCAAAAGUUAUGUGCAAACUUUAACUAUAUUGAUGACAAGUAUCAAAAUGACUUUAGACAAAAAUCAUUCCUUUUUAAGAUGGACGUUUGUAAUUAAGGCCCAUCUACUUUUAAACAAGUUAAACAAAGACCCAGUGUCCUAAAAUUAAUCAUUCUAUUUUAAAAUUUAUGACUCCACACUAGGCUUAAUUUUUUUGUAAUUUAACUAUUAAGUCCUUUACAUUUUUCACUAUUUUGUCCUUACAAAAAUAACUUUAGACCACCGAAACUUAUCUAAUUCAGAUUUUUCAUUUAUCUUAGAGUCCAGUGUAACUUAUUUUAAAAUUCACAACACUACCUGUAUAAACCCUAAGGUAUCCUAAGGUCCAGUAUUUUAGCUCUAGCUAGAGUCUAGAGAAUAGGCAGAGUAAGAAUUCAUCUCACAAGCCAUUUACUAUAAUCUCAUAUCCACGAAUAAUAAGAUUUAAACAUUUCUAUUAAAACAGUGCAGAUUUUUAUAAAACGUAUGAUUGAAAUUAUUUGAAGACACGAUAUGGCAAUUUCAUUCUCUUGGCAUAAGCCACACAGUGCGAGGCAAUUUCCUCGCGCGGCAAACGCGCUAUGUAGAUAUGCCUCGGCCGACGCAGUUCAGACUAUACUGACUCACCCGAGGCAGUUUGCUCGUCAGACUAUACUGACUCACCCGAGGCAGUUUGCUCGUCAGACUAUACUAACUCACCCGAGGCACGUCUAGAUUGGACGUUUGCUGCACGAGCACAUUGCCUCCGCUCUGUGUGGAGACGAGAUUUUAAUAGAUUAUUUGAUUGUGCUUGUAUCAAAUAAUUUCAAAUGAUACUCUAGGUAGUUGUUUAAGUACCGAUAUUUCUUUAGUAUGGUAAAGUUUAUCAUCUAUGUAAAGCAUUCAUUUCUUUCUAACUUUUUAAAUGUGAGAGAGAUAGAUGCUUUUCGUCGAUGAUAAUGGUAUCUUGUAAAUUGUCUAGUUUCGCUAAGAUAGUGCUGUAAAGUGUAUUGUGAUUGAUACCAAUUGGUUUUAUAUUGUACUGUGAUGGUAUGCCUACUAAUUUAUUUUUGUUGAGUUUUCUAAUUUUUUUUCUGUUUAAUGAAGUAAUCUCGAAUAUUGAAUCUAUUGUAUUAGAAGUAGUGGACUUAAGGUUGGUGAUUUCUAUUUGGUUUGCGCAAAAUAAAAACUUAACCAGACCUAAGGCUACAGUGACAGAAUGUGAAAGUGUCAAAUUUCUAUUAAAUUUUGACGUGUCCUGACGCUUUCACACUUUGUCACUUUAAUGUCGAGGCUGAGUUAGUUGAGCAUUUCUUUUUUUUUUUGCCAAUAAAAAAUUUUGAUUGUUUUAGGGAAUUUUAGGUCAAUUGUACUUAGAAUCACGAGUACUUUCAAUCUCACUGGGAGACAAAAAGUGUCCCAGAAUUUCCAUCAUAUAUUUUUUUUUUUUCAAAAAUAUCACACCUCAUAAAAGUGGCAAAAAAAAAGAAAUGCUCAGUUAGCCUUUCAGUCCUUUCACACGUCUUAGUGUUACGCCUGAGUGGAUGCUCGAAGCGUUCGGUUCGGCGGGGCGGGCGGGCGUGCGUCCAUCCUAUGUAGCGUCGACUCAGGACACUUGUAUGACAUGCACGCAGGCCGCCCCGCCCGCUGCACGCCCAUUAUGAGCGUGCACUCACGCCUUAGGGACCGUCCACACUCAUAAGACGCAUGUCUUGCGGCGCGCAACGGACGUCUCCGCCGCGCCGCCUGGGGGCGCGUCUUACGUCCUUCCUAUACAAAAUGUUCUGAAGAGACGUUUUUUGAAUUACAUUCAGGCGGCGUGUCGGAGACGUCCGUUGCGCGCCGCGAGACACGCGACGCUUUGGGGACGCUACCUUACACUUACUUGAGUUACUGUAGAAAAUACUCAGCUAUAGGUAACAGUGAGAUGCAGAUAUCUUUUGUAUUUAUCUGUAUAGCUGCGUCCCUUUCAUCGGUUACUUAAAGAGUAAGGUGUGUGAAGCGUUUUAAACAGGCUUUCAUCACAUCACAUUACGCUUUAGGUCUGGUAGAGGCUCAUAUACAUUGAUUCCUUUAUCAAAUUUAAAAUUCUGCCUUGAUUUUUGAAUAUGGAAUUUGACCCAGUGUAUACACGCCCUAAACUUUAAAGCUUAUUUUACAUUAUAAAUCACGAAACGUCGAAGCUCAUUUAGAGUAGAUAGUUUAGAUCGCGUUUCGAUA